AAAAUUCAAUUCAUACCUGAGGAGACCAAAAGAUUUAAUGUUUACAAACAAAUCAUAUUUAUUUACUGACCUUCUCACAAUUUCUUUAUUAACAAUGGCCACAAAUGAAAUAGACCUGCAAAUUUAUUGUAGAUUGUGUCUUAAAAGUUCCAAUGAAGCAAUGCACCAUAUAUUUAAUGAAGGGCUGAGUAAUAAAAUAAUAAUUAUGAGCGGCCUAGAUGUGCAGAAUAAUGAUGCAUUACCAAAACAGAUUUGUAGGGAUUGUAGAUACCAACUUGAGAAAUCGUAUUACUUUCGCUCAAAAGCAAAACAAAGUGAUUCGAGAUUAAGAAAACAUAUACGACUAAUUAAUCAAAAAAAGCCAUCAAAUGUUUUGGACAAUCAUUACUCUGAUGACGAAUCAGAAGACUUUGAAGAAAUAUAUAUGGAGUCUUAUAAAUAUUUUGAAGCUGCUAAAAACGAAAUUGAGAAUUUGAAACUUGAAUUUGAAAAAAUGAAAGAUUCAAUAAUCAAAGAAGAAAUUGCUAAAUUAAAUCCUCCGCCGACAACUUUAAAAUCAGAAAGCAAAUCGCCAAAUAAGAAAAUUCCUGACAAACCAGUUUUACUUAACAAGUGCACAAGAUCACUGCCAAAGUUCAUAAGCUCACCAAUAGUCAGGAGGAAAAAGAAGAUUGACUCCACAGGUGUCGAAGAAGUGGUUGUUUAUAAUGAUUAUGAAAUAAAAGAGGUAUUUGAAAUUGAAGCAAUAUCGGAAAAUACUCCAAUUGAUUUUAUUGAUGGUUCUGAAGACAUUGAAAGAAAGGAUCAACAAGAGUCACAAACUGGAUAUGAAAUAAUUGAAGUGGAAAAUCCAAUCGUAGAAGAAACGCCAGAUAAAAAGAAAAGUUUAAAAAACAGACAGAAUGUUGAUAAAAAUAAUAAACAAGAAAAUAAUGAAAAUAUUAUCGAGGAGAUAAUAAAUUCAACUGGAAUUGAUGUGACUAACGAAGAGCAAUAUUUUAAACCAAUAAAAAAUGUUGAGGAUCAAGACAUAGAUGAAAAAGGUGAGAAGAAGAUCUUCCAAUGUAAUUUUGAAAAUUGCACUGAGGCGUUUGCCAGAAGACAAGCAUGUAAAGCACAUUUCUUCAAUCAUAUGAAGUCAAAAAGUUCCUCAAUCAAUCUUGAAUGUCAGCAUUGCAAAAAGAAGUUUAAAGUUCAAUCAUCUCUUGAACGUCAUGAAAGAAUUCACACAGGUGAAAAACCUUUUAAAUGUGACUCUUGUGAGAAAACUUUCUCACAAAAGGAGCUACUAAAGCGUCAUAAAAUUACUCAUCUUUCAAUCGAUGAAGCUCCUUUUGCAUGUCAUCUUUGUGAUAAAAGAUUUCGUCAAAAAUAUCCUCUUCGUUUCCAUAUUGAAAAAACUCAUUCAGGAAUGAAUUCUCAACUCUUCACUUGCAACAUCUGUAACAAAUCUUUCGCACAUUCAUCAGGGCUUAGCCGUCAUUUCUUAAUUCAUUCUGGAAAGAACUUCACUUGUGAAUGUGGGAAAGUUUUUAAUGAUAAAUCAGCGUUUCGUAGGCAUAAACAACAUCAUUGUUCUUUACUGACCAAAGCGAAUGAAUAAACGAUUUGUUAAAAUUUUCUUUUAAUGAAUAAAUUUUGAAUUUUAUUAA